CGCACAUCUUGACCGUGGCGGCGCAAACAAAGUCAGCAACAUGGCACCUUACAAAGUCGGAUCUGUGGUGGUCAAGAUGUGCGACAGCAACAGGCCACAGGCGCCGCCUGCAAUGCCGAAAACCGUUCAGCUGCCGGCUGGACACCAGAAGAGUCCAGAAUGCCGAGCUCUGCCUUGCCCUAUGAUAUUCGACCAAGAUCAGGUUUUCACGCUGCGCGAUGGCACCAAGAUACGGGCAGACAUCUUUCGACCCCAGGUGGACGAAACAGUGCCUGCCAUUGUCAUGUGGUCCCCGUAUGGCAAGACUGGCGCGGGCGUCCUGAACAUCAGUGCCAUGCCUCUGAGGGCUGGGAUACCUGCCGAUUCCUUGUCUGGCUAUGAGGACUUUGAAGGGCUCGACCCGGCGGAAUGGGUGCCCAAGGGAUAUGCCAUAGUCAACGUGGAUGCAAGAGGCGUUGGCGACUCUGAAGGAGAUAUACGCUGGUGGGGUACGAGCGAAGGCCGAGACGGCUACGACGCCAUUGAGGAGCUUGCGAAGCUACCCUGGAGCAACGGGAAGAUUGCCCUGGCGGGCAAUUCGUGGCUUGCCAUCUCGCAAUACUUUAUCGCGGCCGAACAGCCGCCUCACCUUGCCGCCAUUGCGCCCCUAGAGGGAUGCUCGGACAUGUCGCGGGAAGACGUUUAUCGCGGAGGGAUCCCCCGGGUGGUAUUCGCAAAGUGGAUUGCAAGUCUUUUACCAGGUCGGCAGCAGCAAGAGGACGUGGGUGCCAUGGUGCAGGAGUUCACCACUACCAAUGACUACAUGGAGGACAAGCGCGCAGAUUUCUCCAAAAUCAAAGUUCCUGUCUAUAUCGGAGCCAGCUAUUCGUCCGACCUGCACACGGUUGGUUCUUUGCGGGCGUUUGAAGAAAUCAGCCAUGGCGAGAAAUGGCUUGUGCUGCACUCGACACAGGAAUGGUAUGACUUGUACUCGCAGCAACGAACCAAAGACCUUGAAAAGUUUUUUGAUUGCUAUCUCAAACAUGUCGAGAAUGACUGGCACCAGACGCCGCCAGUGCGUCUAGCGCUGCUCCAGUUCAACAAGGCCCCGAUCGUGGACAAGGCCUUCAGUGAUCUUCCGUGGCACCUAGACUCUUGCGUUUCAAGACGCUUGUACUUGACACCCGACAAGACACUGUCGGAUCACAAGCUGGCGGCAUCCAUGGCAACACUCGACUAUGACGCGUCGACCGACGACACAAUCACUUUUACGUAUCGCGUCCCGUCCAGGAUGGCAUUGGUUGGACCGAGUACUUUGGCGAUUGAUGUCUCGUCGCCCGACCACGAUGAUCUGGACGUAUACACGCACAUAUUCAAGGCGGAUGCGGGCGGAGCCAUUCUCUCCAACAAGAACAUACCGACGCCCGAGAGUCUGUCGGCCGAGGAAGAGCACAAGCUUACACAGAACCGACUCUUCCGAUACUGGGGCCCGGACGGAGCGUUGCGGGCCUCACAGCGGCACGUCUCUGCUAGUAAGUCGGGCAAGACAUGGAAGACGCUUUCGCAUCAAGAGGUGUUGAAAGUUGCGCCUGGUGAGAUUGUCAGGCUGGAGAACCAGCUCUGGCCGACCGGCAUCGUGUUUGAGGCCGGCGAGUUGUUGAUGGUAAAGAUCAGUGGAGCAAGCAUUGGCGUUCCGGCACUCGCACACCUGCAGCGGGAGCCGAACCCGAAUCGCGGGAAGCAUAUCCUACACGUCGGAAGAGCAGAGAGCUAUCUCGACUUCUUUACCAUUGACGUAUGAAGCAGGGGGCAAAU